AUGGCAGACGAGGAACGUAAAGCAUUAGUUAUUGACAACGGGUCUGGUAUGUGCAAGGCUGGAUUCUCAGGGGACGACGGACCAAGAGCAGUCUUUGCCAGCAUAAUAGGAAAGCCUAGGCACCACGGAGUCAUGGUCGGAAUGGGCCAGAAGGAGUCCUACGUGGGAGAAGAGGCCCAGACCAGGAGAGGAAUCCUCACUCUGAAGUACCCAAUUGAGCACGGAAUCGUAAACGACUGGGACGCAAUGGAGAAGAUCUGGCACCACACUUUCUACAACGAGCUCCGAGUGGCUCCAGAAGAGCACCCUGUGCUGAUGACGGAGGCGCCUCUGAACCCAAAGCUGAACAGAGAGAAAAUGACCCAGAUUAUGUUUGAAACCUUCAACUGCCCGUCUUUCUACGUUGCAAUCCAGGCCGUGCUUUCGCUCUACUCAAGCGGGCGAACCACAGGAAUUGUUCUGGACUCGGGAGACGGUGUAACGCACACUGUGCCCAUUUACGAGGGAUACUCGCUUCCCCACGCAAUCUCCAGACUCGACCUUGCAGGAAGAGACUUGACCGACUACCUCAUGAGAAUCCUCACGGAGAAGGGAUACACUUUCACAACAACUGCUGAGAGAGAAAUUGUGCGAAGCAUAAAGGAGUCUCUCUGCUACGUUGCAAAGGACUUUGACGUGGAGAUGGCCAAGCCUUCCAGCGACCUGGAAAAGAGCUACGAGCUCCCAGACGGCCAGAACAUAACCAUCGGAAACGAGAGAUUCAGAGCGCCAGAGGCACUUUUCCAGCCUUCAUUCAUGGGCCUGGAAACUGUUGGUAUCCACGAAACAUGCUUCAACUCCAUUAUGAAGUGCGAUGUUGACAUUAGAAAGGACCUGUACUCGAACAUUGUGCUUUCUGGAGGUACAACACUCUACGAGGGAAUGCAUGAAAGAAUGCAGGACGAAAUAUCCAGGCUUGCCCCGUCUUCUAUGAAGGUGAAAGUGGUUGCAAACCCAGAAAGGAAGUACAGCGUGUGGAUUGGUGGGUCUAUUUUGGCCUCGCUCGGAACUUUCCAGCAAAUGUGGAUCAGUAAGAGCGAGUAUGACGAGUGUGGUCCUUCUGUUGUUCACAGAAAAUGCUUCUAA